UCUCAUUAGAAGAAUAUACCUAGUAUAUUUCUGUUUUCUGAAACGAAAGAGCACUUGAAUCAAAAUGCAGAGCAUUAUUUUCAUCGUUAGUUGUUUGGCAAUUGUUGGGGUCUCAGCAGAUCAACUAGUCGAAUCAUCUGAUGGCAUCGAUGCGAGAGCUCUCAAAUUCGGACCAACGACGGGUAGAAAGGGUAUCGCUGCAAAAGUUCAAUGUGUAACAGACACCAUAGACGGAGUCGUCAAUGAAUACCAGUGCCAACCAGUGUGGCGUAACGUUGAACAACAGCUUCAAACAAGCAUUGGCAAUUUAUUUUUGUGUCUCAAGUAUCAAGGUUUUCAAGUUCAAACGUGCGUCGCCAGAGAAGUGUUCAAUACUGGACUUUCCAUGAACAAUCUCCUGACCAAAUUGGAUUCGGAUUAUCCUGAAGCUGGCAAACAAGUGCGUCUUCGUAUCACUCGAAAUUGCUGCGGUUAAAAUGAAAUAAUUUGCUGUAAUCAAAGUUCAUUGUUCUCACCAUAUUUUAUGAUUGUAGAAGUAGCUAAAACAAUACUGUAAUAGAUAAACAUACGAAACCACCGACAAUUUAACCAUUAAGUAUAUAAGUAAAAAACACUUCUUUCGAAGUUCCCAGUGUGACGCAAUACUGUAAAUCUAAAAAUGGUCUGAUAUAAAUUUUC